UCGAUCUGCACCACAUGCUACGACGUGUUUUCGCUCAAAUCUCAUCUACCUCAUCUUUAACCUGAUCCCCGUCCUAGCCACGCUCCCACCGCCUCCAACAAUACAUGUCCGCCAUCAUCCUCCCGUCGGAACCGCCAAGCGGCGCGUCGACCCCGCCAUCGAUCACGAUCCGGCCUCGGCGACCCGAGGACUUCCCGGCCCUCUGUGACCUCUUGGAACGGCAGCAGCCGUCUUCGCUGUACCCCAUCCGCUGGCCCCUGCCCAUGCCCGUGCCCCAGUUCAUCCAGCGGCCGGGCGAGGCAGCUGCCUUCGUCGCGGAGUGCGCCGGCCAGAUCCUCGGACACGUGGCUGUGCGCUACGGCCUCGGCGGUCCGGCGGACGAGGAGGAACUGACGACACGCUGGGCGGAGGCGCACGGCUGCGAGGAGAAGGACGUGCGAGUUAUCGCUGUGCUUUUCACCGACCCCGCGUGGGCUGGGAAAGGCGUUGGCUCCGGGCUGUUUGCUGUCGCGACGAAGGCGGCGCGAGCUGGCGGCGGGAGGCCGUGUCUCGACGUCGUCUCCACUAACACUGGCCCGCUUCAGUUCUACAAGCGGCGCGGGUGGAAGAUCGUAGGCGAUUGGCAAGCGCCGUGGGUCCCAGGAAUGCGCAUAGACGUCCAUCUCAUGAUUUUGCCAAUGGAGGCGGCCAACGGAUCGGUGGCGGGAACGGACUCUCCAGCUCUCGUCCCCACGGGAGCUCAGCAACCAGGUACACGUCAACGAGCUUGAAGGCAUAUAGUCCUUCACCCGAAUGCAUAAUGAGCCCGACUUGCUCGUUUCAACGGUUUCAACGCUUUCCGCGACUGGAUUGAAAGAUUGGGGUGGAGUGAUUUGUCGACUCCAUGACGUCAGCAGGCUGCAGGCGUUUUAUGCCCACCUCUUCCGGCAGGCGGGCCGGC